AGCUUGUUCCGUGUCAGUGGGAGUAUGGACGUUAGUAGCUAUAUCUGUCGAAAGAUACUACGCCAUCUGUCAUCCGCUUCGAUCACUACGAUGGCAGACUCUUAGUCACGCCUACAAGCUCAUUUUAGCCAUUUGGAUCGGCAGUGUUGUUUGUAUGGCGCCCAUAGCUCUUCUUAGUCAACUACAGCCGACAAGACAAGGAAACCAAAAGUGUAGAGAAGAUUGGUAUUCGAUGGACUGCGAAAAGGCGUACAACUUAUUUUUGGACGUGAUUUUAUUGAUCAUACCGUUGCUAGUAAUGGCGGUGACUUAUUCGUUGAUUACAAUGACAUUGUGCAAAGGGAUGAAGACUGAAAAAAUUAUUCGAGCCAACCACAGCCACAACAGCGCUGUCAACGUUUACGUCAACUUGAAAGGUCGAAGUUCGACUCGAUCAUCUUGCAGAAACUCCUUCUGUCCCUACUCUAGCAGGCAACAGCUGCAACAGAACUGGUCCCAGGAUUCAAGCAGUCCAAUUAUAGGUUCUAGAAAACUAACCACAGGUCUAAGGAAGUCAAACGCGGAACGCAGCUUGUUGAACAAACGAAGAGUCAUCAAAAUGCUGUUCGCAGUCGUUUUGGAGUUCUUCAUUUGUUGGACGCCAUUGUAUGUGAUCAAUACCAUAGCGUUAUUUGAUAAGAACAUCGUUUAUAACAGUAUCGGGUAUACUGGAAUUAGUUUCUUCCAAUUGUUAGCGUAUAGUUCAAGUUGUUGCAAUCCUAUUACGUAUUGUUUCAUGAAUUUCGGAUUCAGGAAAUCGUUUUUGAGUCUGUUCAGGUGCUCUAAAAGGUUCAAAAGUGCCGGUUUGAACGGUAGCGAGAUCAACAUGGAAACCAAAUGGACUAAUAGAUUGAGCGAGCCCGCCUGAUGACAGUGUUCGACUAGUACGAAUAUUUGAAAAGUUAUACGGUCUGCUAAUAAAGGUGAAUCUUAACGUUUAACCAUGAAUUGUGGUUGUUAUUGUUGUUAUUUGACGUUGUCUAGAACUAGAGAGGUGUCUAAAUAAGGGGUUAAAUGUAAAAAAAUCACCGUUAUCCUAAAAACUAAAACUCGAAGUCGAAAUGAAUCAUGAUAAUAAAAAUAUACUCUAUAUAUGUCGAGACGCAUUAAUUGUACAAAUAAGUAUAAUCUAAUGAAAGAGAACGAACUGUAGAAACGCCGUAGAGCCAAAAAACGAAAUUCUCAGUUAAUUCGUACCCCCACGGCUCUUAUUAAUUAAUUUCUAACCGGAUUAAUUCGAGUACCUGCACCGAGAGAGGGAUCCAAUUUACCCUCCCCCGUUUAUUCAGAUAAAUAUCUGUCUUACGAGAAAUUAACUCCCCGUAAUUCACUCAUCCCUUCUAAUCGCUAUUUGAUUAGUGACGACACACGAAUAUCAUUCCAGGUCGAUAUUUCAAAGUGGAUUUCCAAGGAGAUAGCAGACUGGGACUAACGAAAUUCGAUGCACUGAUGUUGGAUUUGGGAAAUUGAUUGAAACGUUUGCGUAAUCGAAGCUAGAGCGUUGUUUUUGUUAAUUCUUUAUAGUAUCUGGAAAUAGAUUAUAAAGGAUUAAAAUGAAAUAAAAAUAAUUUAUUUACAUAGUUAAAAAUACUCAAAACUUUCAUAGACAAUUCCACUUUGAUAAUUCUCCAUACUUUUUCCGGGUUAAUUAUUUUCCGAACUUUCUUUUUCAUGAUCGUUCUCCAUACUUUCGCCGCUAUUUUUGGCUUCAUCGUUGGCGUCUUCCUCCAUCAUUACUUUUUUUUCGGACCGUACGGAGCUGUCAACCGAGCUGUAGUAUUGGUCAGUAAGUUCUUCGUCUUUGAAAGCUAUUAGAGUUUUCCUUACUUUAUUUGUUCUUAUUGUUGACAUCAUGAUCCAUCUCGUUGCUGUCAUAGUCCAAAUUAUCACAGAUAAUGUCAUUUUGGGAAUUCUCCAUACUUUUCCGGAUGGUUUUCCAUACUUUCGCCGCUAUUUUUGGCUUCAUCGUUGGCGUCUUCCUCCAUCAUUACUUUUUUUUUGGACCGUACGGAGCUGUCAACCGAGCUGUAGUAUUAGUCAGUAAGUUCUUCGUCUUUGAAAGCUAUUAGUGUUUUCCUUACUUUAUUUGUUCUUAUUGUUGACAUCACGAUCCAUCUCGUUGCUGUCAUAGUCCAAAAUAUCACAGAUAAUGCCAUUUUAAGAAUUCUUCAUACUUUUC